CGGGGGGCGGCUGAAGCGGUGACACUGACUUCCGACGACGGGGGACGGCUGAGGCAGUGACACUAAGUUCCGGCGGCGGGAGGACUACGGACCAGCAGCGGCAGAGAUGUCACUCUCGCUGACCAAGCGGGAUCUGGACGAGCUGAAGCCAUGGGUGGAGAAGACGGUGAAGAGGGUGCUGGGUUUCUCGGAGCAGACAGUGGUGACCGCUGCCCUCAACUGCGUAGGCAAGGGGAUGGACAAGAAGAAAACCGUGGAGCACCUGAAGCCGUUCCUGGAUGAUUCAACGGUGCGGUUUGUGGACAAGCUGUUCGAGGCGGUGGAGGAAGGCCGUAACUCCCGUCACUCCAAGUCCAGCAGCGAGAAACACAGGAAGCGGGAACUGAAGGAAGUCUUCGGCGAAGACUCGGAAGUCACCCGGGAAUUGUCGGCCAAGAGGAAACGGAUCCCGAGGUUCGAGGAGGUGGAGGAGAAUGAAAUUAUCCCAGGUCCCCCUACUGAGAGCCCUGGGAUGCUCACAAAGAUUCAGAUCAAGCAGAUGAUGGAAGCUGCAACAAAACAGAUUGAGGAGCGGAAGAGGCAGCUGAGUCUCAUCACUCCCUCCUUUCCGCAGCGGGUCUCGGCUCCAACCCUCUCGGCCGACCUCCCCCCGAUGGGCCAGACUAUUCAGCCAUCCCAGGCUGCCUCCUUCAUGAAUGAUGCCAUCGAGAAGGCGAAGAAGGCGGCGGAGCUGCAGGCACGCAUCCAGACGCAGCUCUCGCUGAAGCCUGGCCUGCUGCAGAGCACCAACCUGGUGGGACUGGCCAACCUGCACGCUAUGGGCAUCGCUCCUCCGAAGGUGGAGUCGAAGGAGCACCUGAAGCCGACACCGCUGAUCCUGGACGACCAGGGCCGGACGGUGGACGCCACGGGCAAGGAGGUGGAGCUGACGCACCGCAUGCCCACGUUGAAGGCCAACAUCCGGGCGGUGAAGCGGGAGCAGUUUAAGCAGCUGCUGCUGAAGGAGAAGCCUUCCGACGACUUGGAGUCCAACAACUUCUAUGAUCCCCGUGUGUCCAUGGUGCCCGCCCAGCGGCAGAAGAGGCUCUUCCGAUUCCACGAGAGGGGCAAGUUCGAGAAGAUCGCCCAGAGGAUACGGACAAAGGCUCAGCUGGAGAAACUACAGACCGAGAUUGCCCAGGCAGCCAAGAAGACGGGGAUCCAGGCGUCGACCAAGCUGGCCCUGAUCGCCCCCAAGAAGGAGCUGAGGGAAGGUGACGUGCCGGAGAUCGAGUGGUGGGACUCGUACAUCAUCCACGGUGGGGUUGAACUGACUGCAGAGAACUUGGCCAGCGAACGCACCUUUCACGGAAUCACUAACCUCGUGGAGCAUCCGACCCAGAUCAGCCCUCCAGUCGACACAGACAAGCCUGUGACCCUCGGGGUCUACCUGACCAAGAAGGAGCAGAAGAAAUUACGGCGGCAGACCCGGAGAGAGGGGCUGAAGGAGCUACAGGAGAAGAUCCGAUUGGGGCUGGUACCUCCUCCCGAGCCGAAGGUGCGAAUUUCCAACCUGAUGCGAGUACUCGGUACGGAGGCUGUGCAGGAUCCCACCAAGGUCGAGGCACAUGUCAGGGCUCAGAUGGCCAAGAGGCUGAAGGCUCACCAGGAAGCCAACAGCGCCCGGAAACUGACAGCAGACCAGCGACGCGAGAAGAAGAUGAAGAAACUGAAAGAGGACCUGUCCCAGGGGGCCCACAUCGCCGUCUACCGGAUCCGAAACCUGAGCAACUCCGCCAAGAAGUUCAAAGUUGAGACGAAUGCAGCGCAGCUCUACCUCACGGGGACGGUGGUCCUACACAAGGAUGUCAACGUGGUGGUGGUGGAGGGAGGUCCGAAAGCACAGAAGAAGUUCAAGCGACUGAUGCUGCACCGCAUAAAGUGGUCGGAGCAGACAGCCAGUUCCCGUGACGAUGAUGAGGAAGGAUCUGACGAUGAUGCAGUGAAGAGGGUGAACAAGUGUGCACUGGUCUGGGAGGGAACGGCGAAGGAGAGGAGCUUCGGGGAGAUGAAGUUUAAACAGUGCCCCACAGAAAGCAUGGCACGCGAACACUUCAAAAAACACGGUGUGGAGCAGUACUGGGACCUGGCCAUCAGCGAGUCGGUGCUGGAGGUCACCGAGGACUGAGGGACUGUCCGGCACCAUCGUAUCUGCCGUGGGUUUGUUGGGGGCUCUGAGGGGAUGCGGACAAUUCUCAGCGGGAGGCGGCUUUCAAAUGAAGCAGGAGCAGCAGCCCGUGGGGCUCAUCGCUCUCCCCACCGGUGGACGCCGCGCUCUCUGGAUGAAGGUUUUCCGCAUGUCGGGAAGGUAAAUUUUGAAAGGAAAGCAGGCUGUCUGCGGAGGUCCGGCAGGAGGGAGAGCCCGCUGACUGUGUUAGGAAAGUGGAGUACACAAAAUCCAGGGCUGGUUUGCCACCACCACGGCCCAAUCUUCUUGCCAGCUCGAUGUCUUGUCACUGAUCGUGGCAGAUCCAGGUGUUAAAACUUGUGUUCUCUUCCCCGCUCCUCUCUCACCCUUCCUGCCCCCUAUCACGUUCCUCCACCUCACUCUUGUCCCUCCCCUCCACCCUCACUCGUUUCCCUCCCCUCUCUCCAGAUGAACUCUGCCUGGCUUCCUUUUAUUUUAAGUCAUGAUCCAUUCUGGAGAGGAAGGGGUUGUUGCCGCCAGUGAAGGUUCCCCGGCAUAUCUUCGGCGGGUCUCGCGUUGCCUGCGUAGGGGCUGUGUAACUGGAGUCUUAUGCUGAUUGUGUUUGGGCUGUGUAAUGCAAGCAUUGCACAGAUUGCGUUGCAAACCUUGCGUAAUGUGUUUGGGCUGGGUAAGCAGGUCUCUGGUUCAUCACGUUUGAGGUGUGUAACGCAAGCCUUGCACUGAUCAUCUGCUGUGCAUUAACACACUGUUCUGUACAUCGAAUGAGUGGGUUUUCUGCGUCUGCACAUCCGGCAUACAGAACCAUCCAGGGAAACGGGCCUUGCUUUAAUCGGUCUUUCGAAGCAUCCCCUCACACACCCAUUCACGGCCCCUUCCCUCGUCGUCCCCUUCAUGGCCCACCUCCUCUCGUCCCCCCCCUUCACAGCCCCCAAUCCCCUCGUCCUCCCCUUCACGGUCCCCCUUCCCUCGUCCUCCCCUUCACGGUCCCCCUUCCCUCGUCCUCCCCUUCAUGGCCCCCAUUGCUCCCCUCCUAUUCCUAAAUCCUUGCUGCCUGUUGCUUCCUAGCAGACUGUGGCUGUAGUUGCUACUUGGGCUAGCUAAGUGAUGCUACUGCCUGGGCUGACCCCCCCCCCCCCCCCCCCCCGGCUGCCUGAGAACUCAUCAGUGCAGAACGUGUCAGAGGAAAGGGAUGUGGUGGCUAAAGAAAUUCUCUGGAACUGUCCCUUUCCCGGAAGUGUGUGAUGGGACUGUGUAGAGGGAGUUUCACUUUGUGUCUGACCCCGGGAGUGUGUGAUGGGACAGUGUAGAGGGAGAUUCACUCUGUGUCUGACCCCGGGAGUGUGUGAUGGGACGGUGUGGAGGGAGUUUCACUCUGUGUAUAGUCUUUGCUGUCACCAUUUCGUUUGUACGUGAUGCGGCACUGUUAAGGAAACCUGCUUUUUUUCCAACUGGACAUUGACAUGGAAGAUCGUUCUGAGUUGGGACACAUUGUAUAUGAGAUGCUCAGACACUGGGAAGUGCUUCAUUACUAGUGUGGUCAUUCACUCUAUCUAUAAAGUCAACUUCAUCAACAUCAAGAGCCAGUCGUAAAGCAAGAACCCUUCGGUGUGAAGAGCCUGGAGCAACAGUUUUGUUGAGCGUGGGUACUGAUCAGACAUUUAUUGCUGUAUAAGCAGACAGCCUGGAGUUUCAUAAUAAAGAUUGAUCUUUUUUUUCUAAA